AUGGCGGCAGUGGGGGCCGGUGGCACCGGCCGCGGGAGUGCUGGGUCUAUGGCGGCGGCGGCGGCGGCGGCCAGGAAGAACAACGUCACGAGUUUCCAGAGGAGGGGUCCCAGAGCCGGCGGUACCGACAGCGGCGGCUCUCGACUGGUGUCCAUCGCAGGCACACGACCAUCGGUGCGGAACGGACAGCUGCUGGUAUCAACCGGGCUCCCAGCCCUGGACCAGCUCUUAGGUGGAGGUUUGGCUGUUGGAACAGUUCUUCUAAUCGAAGAGGAUAAGUAUGAUAUUUACUCGCCUUUGCUCUUCAAGUACUUCCUGGCAGAGGGAGCCAUCAGUGGGCACACUUUGCUGGUCGCGUCUGCAAAAGAAGAGCCUGCUGACAUUUUACAGGAACUUCCUGCACCGUUACUUGAUGAUGAUUGUAAAAAAGAAUUUGAUGAAGAUGUACGUAAUCAUGAAACAGCAGAAUCUAACGUUAAGAUGAAGAUAGCUUGGCGCUAUCAGCUGUUACCCAAGAUGGAGGCUGGACCAGUAUCAUCUUCAAGAUUUGGUCACUAUUAUGAUGCAUCAAAAAAAAUACCACGAGAAUUAAUUGAGGCUUCAAAAUGGCAUGGAUUUUUUCUUCCAGAAAAAAUAUCUUCAACUCUUAACCUAGAACCUUGCUCUUUGACCCAUGGCUACAUAAAGCUGCUGCAGUUUAUCCAGAGAAUCAUUUAUGAGGAAGGAUUUGAUGGAUCCAAUCCCCAGAAAAAACAGAAAAACAUUUUGAGAAUAGGAAUCCAGAGUCUUGGUUCACCUUUGUGGGGAGAUGACGUCUGCUGCACCGAAAACUGUGACAAUAGUCAUGGCCUUACAAAAUUCCUGUACGUCCUCCGUGGCCUCCUACGAGCCUCGCUUUCAGCCUGCGUCAUCACAGUGCCAACACAUCUUAUCCAGAAUAAAGCAGUUAUUGCUCGUAUCACAAACUUGUCAGAUACAGUAGUUCAUCUGGAGUCAUUUAUUGGUUCUGAGCGAGAAACCAACCCAUUAUAUAAGAAUUAUCAUGGUUUGUUUCACAUACGGCAGAUUCCUCGGCUUAAUAACUUGAUGUGUGACGUGUCAGAUGUCAAAGACUUAGCUUUUAAAUUAAAAAGGAAGCUAUUCACCAUUGAGCGACUGCAUUUGCCUCCAGACUUGUCAGACACAGUGAGCCGCUCGAGCAAACCGGACCUGGCAGACUCGGCCGGGCUGCUGGGCGCGGGCUGCCCCGCCAUGGCCCGAGGCAAGAGGCACCUGGACUUCUAGAAGCUUCCUCGCCGCUGCCGCAGACCGUGGGACACUCUAAUUAUGAGUGCUAAGAGCUUAUGUAAAUAUUUUCCUUAACGAUCUGACCCUCCGAUUCUUGAAAAACACAGGACUGCAAAAGGAGGCCACCGUUCGCUUUUUUGGCCAAAUUUUUGUACAGAAAUAGUACAGCGGAGAUACUUUCAUUUUAAAAGGUGUUUUCUGCUACAUCUAAGGAAAAUAGAUCAUUUUAUUUUUAAAUAAAAGCCAAUAAAGUGUCAAAAAUUAAAGAUGCCUCACAGUGGUCACUGAUGUGUAUGUUAUUAAGGCACUUAGCUCACCGUAAAGCGCCCGUCACAGAGGGUAGCAUGUAAAACAUUAUAAAAUCCAAAAUUGUGGGCAAAAAACAUGUUUUCUCUUUAUUUCUGAAAAAGUCACUUGCCAUCGAAAACGCUAAGGUUUUUAAAACAUUGAAAAAUGUGUUUGCUAAUAAAUAUAUGAAGACCAAUAAUAAAAUGAAUUUGCAUUUAUGCAUCCUGUUAUUAAAUUGAUGAAGACAAAAUAAUAUUUUGGGAUUAAGACCCCAUUAAAGGUAAUUAGUCUGCUACAGUAGUUAAUGAAUAUGAAGAACCUGAGUGCUAGAAGGCACAGGAAAAGACGCUGACGGUCUUCUGGUUAGUAACCCUAAACAAUUGAAGUCAGCACUAUGAAAUUAUGUCAAC